CUUGACAGAAGGCGAGUUGCCUCCCAGCGCUGCUCCCUCGAGUUCCUGGAAGACACCGUGGGAUGUCCCUCGGUUCAAAGAGCCAAGCACAUACCCGGAUCCCCCAGACACAAGGGCCUGAAGAAGACUCACUUCAUCAAGAACAUGCGACAGUAUGACACCAAGAACAGCAGGAUUGUGCUGAUCUGCGCCAAGCGCUCCCUGUGUGCGGCCUUCUCGGUCCUGCCCUAUGGAGAAGGCCUGCGGGUCAGUGACCUGAGGGUGGACAGCCAGAAGCAGAGACAUCCGUCCGGUGGCGUGUCUGUUUCUUCCGAGAUGGUCUUUGAGCUGGAAGGUGUGGAGCUGGGAGCAGAUGGAAAGGUCGUAUCUUACGCCAAGUUCCUGUACCCUACCAACGCCCUGGUCGCACAAAAGACAGACAGCCACGGCCCGCCACCCCAGCCCCGGACCAGCAUCCCCCGGGCUAUGCCAGCAUCAAGAUACAAACCUGCUGCUGCCAAGUCAGCGCCGAUCAGCACGGAGCUAGGGAGUGAUGCAGGGGAUCCCCUGGAGUAUAACCCCAACCUGCUGGAUGACCCUCAAUGGCCCUGUGGCAAGCACAAGCGAGUCCUCAUCUUUGCAUCUUACAUGACCACGGUGAUUGAAUACGUGAAGCCCUCCGACCUCAAGAAGGACAUGAAUGAGACAUUCCGAGAGAAGUUUCCACACGUCAGACUAACACUGAGCAAAAUUAGGAGUUUAAAACGUGAGAUGCGGAACCUGUCUGAGGAGUGCAACCUGGAGCCUGUGACUGUGUCCAUGGCCUACGUGUACUUCGAGAAGCUUGUCCUGCAAGGCAAGCUCAACAAGCAAAACCGCAAGCUGUGCGCAGGCGCCUGUGUGCUGCUUGCUGCCAAGAUCAGCAGUGACCUCCGCAAGAACGAAGUAAAGCAGCUCAUAGAUAAGUUAGAAGAAAGGUUUCGAUUCAACAGACGGGAUCUAAUUGGGUUCGAGUUCACAGUGCUUGUGGCCUUGGAACUUGCUCUUUAUCUUCCCGAGAACCAGGUGUUACCUCAUUACAGACGCCUCACACAGCAGUUCUAGUCUGCUGCCCGCGCCACUCGGCACACGGUCUGUGGACCCCAGGAGCUGUUCCCAGGCAGUGAAGUGCACCCCUGGCCCCCGUGGCCUCACCCUCCUAGCUGGGACACACCGACCCUGCCUUCACACUUUCUUCCUUGGGGGCCAUGCUUUCAUUCCAAAGCACCACAUCACCAUGGUAUUUUGGGGAAUAUUCCUGCGUUCUCAUGUGGACAGAAUGUGGGAUUUGUCAUUUCCCUUUUUCCACGUGCCUGAGACUGGCCUGGCACCAGGACUGUAAUUUAUGCCUUGGAUCCUGACGUCAUGGCAUCUUUCUCCUUUGCAUUGCCUUGCCUUCCACAUACCAUCGUAGCCACUGAAUGGCAUCACAGUGGUGACUGUUUCCAGAUGCUGCUGAGCACACUCAAGUCCCUGAAGCUAAUGAAGUUAAGCAUUAAUCUUGACUUUCCAAUUUCUGGAUGUGGAAAGCACUGGAACACACCCUGCCCAGCCCACUGUCCAUUCCCCUCCCCACAUCCACAAGCAGAGCAGAGAAGACUCCUGGUUUUGAUGAGUUUUAUUCUUGGACCCGUUCUUCCAAGCAUCAUGUCACUGAAGUCCUCGUACCUGAGUGUUACGCAGGCCAGCAGGCCUCUGCAAACACAAGCUGCCCCUUCACCUCAUCCAGAAAACCCACUGGCCUGCGACACUGGAUCUUCAGAUGACUGCAUUGCUGGAGUGUGGCUUUUGAUCUUAUUAAGCAAUAUUAUGACAGAACAGCCUAUUGUCAUCUGGGAUUCUGUUCUGUGUUUCUCAUAAGGGAACACAAACUAGUUAAAUGUGUGAAGCUGUGAGUUGAAACCACACUUGUUCAAGCUGCAAGGAGACCGACUACUUCACAGCCCACAGCACAGCUUCCCCAAGAGGUCGGCUCAAUGCCCUUCUCCCAAGGCUGUCCGACAACUGGCCGGUGCAGUCACACUCUGACCCCAGCUGCCAGUGAUCCUCCCUCCUACUAAGGCCCAUGCUCUGCCUUUCCAGGUUUGUUGCCCUUUGUACGAACUGUUGUCCAGUUCUCCAGCUCGCUGCCCCACCAAAGACACGUUCAGGACUGGCGAGUCAGCUGGCCUGAAAGAUGGCUAUGAUCAAGCUGCUCCUAUUGUGCUACAGACCUGUGACUGGAGGGGCCCUGGGUCAGCCCCCAUCUUGUACUGUGUGUGGGCUGGUGCUUUUGCAGAACAGCCAGUUCUGCUCAUCACAGCACCCAACCACCAGCAACUCGGCCCAGACCCCAGGCGAGGUGCAGGCCAACCACCCAUCCACUUGCUGCCUGCAGGUCUGUUCCUUCUGCCACUCAAAGGAAAACUGCAGGAUGGAGGAUCACGCCUGUGUCCAUGGUCCAAACUUACUGCAGUGUGCCUCCCUCUCCAAGAUGGCUUCCUAAACCCAACAUGCAACCAAGCUAGAUCGGAGGGUGUAAGGUGCUAGGCCCCAGCAACUUCUGGAAAGCAACCUGUCCUGCCACCAUGUAUCUCAAGAACACUUGUUACAAGCACUGUUAAGGGACUCUCAAAACGUCCCGGUUUACAGCUUAGCCUUGAAGGACCUGUCUCUUCAGGAAUUUCUAUACGGACUAAAGUUAGAUCAGCUGAGAAAUACGGUAAUUUAAGUUUGCACAUUUAUGUAUUAAGAUUUAGCCAUUUGCCCAUCUCAUCUGUAACCUUCCCAGCUGUGUCCUUUAGUGAUGCUGGAGCUGCCACUGUGUGGUACUCAAGAAUCCCUGCAGAAAAGCCAGUAUUUAAAGCCAAUCCUCAGCCUGAAUCCCUGUCCUCUGGAAGAAGACCCAAUCGACCUCUGAGUUGGUCCACGGCCCAGUGCCACUUGCUCAGAACCCAGUAGCAGUUGUGGUUUUUAAUUGUGCGUUAAGCAACUAUCUGACCUCAAUGCCAAGUUGUGUCACAAGUGUUUGUAUUUGUGCUUUAAAGUAAAAUUAAAUGCUGCGGCGCUCACCAUUUCCGCGGCACGUACAGGUCCA